UGUCACCGCAGUGGUCUUUGGUGUGAGAUGCCGCAGUUGUCAGGGCAAUGGCGUUUUAUCAACUCACUGAUACGGGGCAUGUAAAUACGGAAACUGCUUCGUUUUUAAAUAGCCUACGUUUUAAAACUGAAGGGAGAAUAAUGAUAUGAUGCUGGCAUCAUGCAGAAUGUUUAACAGAAAGCAAGUGCAUGGGUUGUGGACAUCGGAAGACAACUAAACACAACGUAAAUAAGAAGCGGUCAUCUCCAUCACUUCACUGCAAAGGCGAUAUCGCAUACGGUGUGUAUUUUAUUUAGGCUACGUCCGUAUUUUUGUGAUGAACAUUUAUCACAUUGAAUUGUGCAACGGAAAACGGCGUUUUCGAACAAUUCGACUCACAGGAAUGAGAUCAUCUGUCUUGGAUAGCUGUAUGAUAAUCGUGUGCUGUCAUGCGUAAACUUUUUGCGAGCUGGCUAACAACAACAUUGGUUAACAGCAGCGUUAUCGUCUGGAAUGUUUUAAUCACGCGACCUCUCAAGUAGCGUUGCAGUCAUUGCAAAUGAUAUAUGACCUGGGGCUAGCAUAGCCUCGGGUAACUGUUUUUGGUGAAAAUCCCCUUUUCUACGCGAGACCAAAUGAUGGAAGCACAUGAAAGUGUCGAAGAGGAGCCGGAGGGGUCACCGCCAAUUCUGCGACCCGUGUCCCGUGAGCGUGUCCCGCUGCAGAAAAGCAGUGUGUGUUCGCGGUCUUACUUUAUGGUCGUCAUGGUCUUUUUCCACGUCUACAUCAUUAAUGUCAUAGCACUGCUGUUCUACGUCCACUACAAUAACGGCUCAUCGAGAAAAGAGUUCUCCAGUAGCACGCAACAUAAACACAACGAUUUUGAUAGACCUGAAUCUCAUGAGAAAUUCGCACGUACUAUGCAUCUUCCUCGCAUCGAGGGAAUUCGGGUGGGGCAUGUGCAGAAGAUCUCUCUUCUUAAUAAAGUACACGAGAUGAGGACACUCAGCUUGAAACCUCUGUUGUUUGAGGUCCCUGGUUUCCUGUCGGAUGAGGAGUGUCGCGUGGUCAUCCAGCUGGCCCGGCUGAAGGGUCUGAUGGAGAGUCAGGUGAUGGUCCCAGAGGGGCAGGAGGAUCUGGCUGAGCAGCUCAACCUCAGCCCAGAGGAGAUCUUCAACCUGCUGGACCUCAACCAGGACAACCAGUUACAGCCGCAGGAGAUUCUGACACAUUCCCGCGUUCGAGAUGGGAUCUGGUUGACUCCAGAGAACCUGCGGGAGAUUUACGCAGGUUUGCACGCAGACGCAGAUGGAAAUGGUCUGCUGAGCCUGGAGGAAUUCCGUGCGCUAAGUGGCGAUGCGUUCCAGCGCUUUCUGAAGAGACGUGGCCUAAAGCGCAGUCAGAUGGUUAGAAACAGCAGGCACACCUGGCUCUACCAAGGACAGGGCGCCCACCAGGUGCUCCAAGAGCUCAGGAAGAGGGUGACCCUCCUGACCCGUCUGCCCUCAGAGCUGGUGGAGCUGAGCGAGCCCCUUCAGGUGGUGCGCUAUGAGCAGGGCGGCCAUUACCACGGGCAUCACGACAGCGGGCCUGUGUACCCAGAGACCAUAUGCACACACACGCGACUGGCCGCUAACUCCUCCUCGCCCUUCGAGACCUCCUGCAGGUACAUCACAGUGCUCUUCUACCUGAACUCAGUAGAGGGUGGUGGAGAAACUACAUUUCCUGUAGCCGACAACAGGACCUAUGAAGAACUGUCGCUGAUCCAAAAUGAUGUGGAUCUCUUGGACACAAGGAAGAACUGUGACAAGGGAAACCUAAGAGUGAAACCUACCAAAGGCACAGCAGUCUUCUGGUACAACUACCUGUCUGAUGGAAGAGGCUGGGUUGGCGAGCAGGAUGAGUACUCUCUGCAUGGAGGCUGUGUGGUGACCAGUGGCACUAAGUGGGUCGCCAACAACUGGAUCAACGUGGACCCGGACUACCACAGGCAGGCCCGCUACCAGGAGUUAGUGUCCCAGCAGCAGGGACAGGGGGCACCCGACGAGCCCUCAGACGCCAGCUCCCCUCGCCACAUGGAGUCCCAUGUGGAGUUAUAGCUCACAGACCAAAAGUACUCCUGACACAGCUGACACACCUAUGCACACACACGCACACACACUCUUACCUGCUUACUUGCUUAUCUUGUACACACAACUUCACUGGUCUGAAAAAAAAAAGCUUUAUCCAGCCAACCCUGUCAUAUCUAUGCUAAAUAUGCACUGACAUUUUUUAUAGCUAAUUUAUUUAAAUUAUCUAAAAGAGUUGAUGUUCAGCACAAUAGCAGGGCAAUUUAACAGGGUGAAUAAGAUUGCGCAGGUCCAGAUGACUAUUAAGAUAUACACUCAGACAGGAUGCUGGUAUCACCCUGGUGUGAUAUGUCUCAAUCAUCAACUGGCUGUGUUAUCCUCUAAUAAUACAUCUUCUAGUAACAAAUCAAUGUUUUCACAAAGGAUGUUCAUGAUGAACAUCUUCCAUGUUUUAACACUGACUGACCAGCUUCUGCUGUAGUCCAUGAGAAUUCAAUAACUAGAUGUGUGAUGGUCACUUGUGGCAAUGGUCUGAGAGUUCAGUGGUCUGCUGUUUCGAAAUAUUUCACAGAACCAUGCUAGUGUAGUGAAUGAUACUAGGCAGUUUGUAACAUCCUUUUCUGCCCCCUGCCUCUCCCUGCACCCAUAGCAAAAGCAUGACCCUGGUGACGUACCUGUAGCCAUUACAGAUCUAACUUCCUUUGUGUGUGACAACUUAGCCAAAAAUCCUGCCUGCUGUGUGUGCAGAUUUAGGACCAGUUGCUGAAGUUUCCCUUGUGUUUGAAUGUUAAAUUACAUGUGUUUGUUUGAAAAACAUUGAAGUAUUUUUCCACCUGAAGCACUUUAGAUGUUUUUAAGGCUUUUGUUGUGGACUACUGAGUUUAUAAAUGCCUUGUCCAUCCCCUGGGGGGCUUUCUGUUUCACCGGAACAUGUAUGAGAUGAAUUCAGGGACGAUUUUAGGCAGCAGUUUAUUGAUGUCAAAGAGAGUUGGUUUUGCUUCAUGUGAACCUAUAUUCAUGCUUGGUUGAUCUUGAUUCUUGAUACUUUUAUACACUGAAAAGCUGUACCCAUGCGCGUUUUGCACUUAUUCUAGAAUCUAUUCUAGAUGUAUUGUAAGUUGUUUGGGAUUUGGGGGUUUGUAGAGACUAACAAGGAGGCUACACAAGGCACGUAACUGAAGCAUUCCGUUCGCCUAGCGUCUGCUGCAACAGUUAACUUCCACUAUAAUCAACUGGCUACACCAGACGUGAUAGCGGUGCAUAUGUUCAAAAAAAGUUAAAGAAAUCUUCUUAAACUAUUUUGAUAUUACGUGAACAGAGCGCUUCGGUUGCAGACCCGGUGUAGCCCGGGCCUAAUUCUUUGACCCCCGUGUUAAGCAGCCGUAUAUGUCUAGUUUUUUAAAGGGAUACUUUUUCCAAAAUAUGCAGUUCUCAUACACCAGUGGUAUUCAAACCUUUCUUUUCUGGCAGAGCCUCCCAUUAAAGUACACAAACUAGUUCUAGGAUUUUUUGCAUCUGGACUUAGAAAUAGGCAAUUGGUGCAUGACAUCCCCAUAGUUCAUGUUUUCCUCAUAAAUUCCCUCACACAUUUCAUUUGUAUAAAAUAAGUUGUGCUAAACCAUCUGCUCUCCUUACGCACCAAUGUUUGACUAUCAUGGCCUUAGACUAAACAAAGCAUGUGAGAAAUGUUAUUUGCACCUCCUAUGUAUUUGAUGCUGUAGUUCAGGUUUUAAUUCACUUUUUUGCUUCCACACGUAUACAGUCAGUUUGAUUCAGUGUAUGUCAAGGUUAUUUGUAAUGAACAACUGUGUAUAUUGCACUGGAUCACUUUUCAUUUUUCAAAAUAGCACCACAAAGAAAAGUGAUCACUCCCUGCAUCUCUAGCCUCUCAGGUUUCUUCUUGUUCCAUUAAAAGCCAUUUAAAAAUAAACAAAAAAAACUCUAAACUA